AUGGCCGAGUCUGGCAGUGUGCAGCCACAGAGCAGCAGCCCGACUUUUGUCUCUCUGGGAAUGGUUGUAUUAGACGAAAUAAGAUUCUCGUCACGAGAAACCCUCUAUAAUGUGCCCGGGGGAUCUGGCCUCUACGCAACACUGGGAGCCCGAAUUAUUCGGUCUCAGUUUACCUCAACAUCAAUCGGGUGCCUAAUUCUCGCAGGAUAUGACUUUCCGGAAUCCGUGGUCGAGACGCUUAACACUUGGGGACUCGCUCUACAGGUGAUGAGGCUGCCCGACAAGCCAUCGACAAAGGGCUUGUUACAAUACAAGGACGACAACUUUGGACUAAAAGACUUCCAGUACGUUGCGCCACCUCUGCAACCGUGGCCAUCAGUUCUCGACACCUCGACACUCAACGCCCAAAGUUUCCAUUUCCUAGCAGCCCCUGAUAACCUGGUGAAGCAUGUUAGGUUGUUAUCCUCCCUUCGAAAGGAUCAUGGAUUGCAGAGGCAGCAUCUUAUUGUAUGGGAGCCCGCUCCACUAUUUUGCAACAAGGAACACCUCGAGUCACAUCUUCAGGCGUGUUGCUUCAUCGACGUCUUCUCGCCGAACCACCUCGAGCUGAAAGCCCUAGUGCAUGGAAAAUCCGAGACUACAUCACCAUUCUCUAGAGAACUCAUACAAGAGUACGCCCAGGUCUUCUUAAAUGCUGGCAUUGGAAGAGAAGGCCGAGGUGUCAUUGUUGUGCGUUGCGGAGAGCAUGGCUGCUUGACCAUGACCAAAGAUGUGUCAUUCUGGCUUCCUUCUUUCUACGCUUCCGCCUCUCCCCAAAUAGUGGAUACGACUGGUGCCGGAAACGCUUUCCUGGGCGGGUUUACUGUUGGGCUUCAGGCAACGUGUGACCUCAGAGAGGCAGCUGUUCUUGGAACUGUUGCUGCUAGCUUUGCUCUGGAGCAGAUAGGUCUCCCAAAACAUGUUGCGGCAUCAACCCUUUCUGCUGAGAGGUGGAACGGGGCAAGGGUGGCCUCGCGCAUCGCCGAGUUCAAGGAGAGGCUACAAGUUUGA